ACAACCGCGGGCACCGGCCGCGCCGAUGUUUUCCUGGCCGGGGCCGGGCGCAUGGCGGGGCCGCCGCUCCCCGCCGCGCUCCUCCUCCGCCUCCUCCUCCUCCUCCUCCUCUUCGCCGCCGCCGCCGGGCGGCCCUGCGGCCCCGCCGGGCUCUCGCGGGACACAGUGCUGGGACGCCUGGGAGCGAACGUCACGCUGACCUGCUGGGACGAGGAGCCGGCGAACGUCACCGUGUCCUGGCAGGUGGAGGAGCGGGGGGCGGCGGCGCUGGGGGGCCACAACCGGCGGCUGGCGGAGGGCAACGCGCUGCUCCUGCGGCGCCUGCGCUACGAGGACUCGGGGCGCUACAGCUGCUCCGUGGGGGGUCGCCCGCUGCGCUCCCUGCGGCUGCUGGUGGAAGAGCCCCCCGAAACCCCCCGCGUCUCCUGCUACCGGCGGAGCCACGACAAAGACGUCCUGUGCGAGUGGCCGCAGCGGGUGAAGCCGUCCCCGGGGACGCGGGCGAUGCUCUGGGUGAAGCGGAGGUUCGCGGCUGAGAACGCCACGGGGCAGCGGUGCCGCUACUUCUCCAAGGCGCGGAAGUUUGUUUGCCGGGUGAAGGUGCCGCCCGGCGUCGACGACACCAAACCCCUCGUGGUGUCCACCUGCGUCAGCAACGGUGCCGGCGGCUCGGCCGGCGAGGACAGGAUCAUCACCCUCAGCAGCAUCCUGAAGCCCGACCCCCCCCUCAACGUGACGGUGGAGGCGGUGGAGAAGGCGCCGCAGCGGCUGCGGGUCAACUGGUCCUACCCCUCCUCCUGGGACCCCCGCUUCUACUGGCUCCACUUCCAGGUCCGCUACCGUCCCGAGCCCGCCCAGACCUUCACGGAGGUGGACCAGGUGGUGACGACGUGGCUGGACAUCCGUGACGCCUGGCGGGGGACGCCGCACGUGGUGCAAGUGCGGGCGCAGGAGGAGUUCGGCCACGGCACGUGGAGCGAGUGGAGCCGGGAGGCAGUGGGCACCCCCUGGACAGACCCCAGGGACCUCACCUCUGAAAUGGCGCUCUUCAGCUCGCAGUUCCCCGUGGAGGAUGGCACCUACUGGGUGACGCUCCCCCCUGAGCUCUUCAUGGAAGAUGCUGCUGAUGACGCUGGUGGGGCUGUCGUGGAAGCCAGCGCCAGCUCCAUAGCGUCCCCCUACGCCUUCCUGGUGGCCGGGGGGAGCCUGCUGCUGGGCAUCGCCCUCUUCGUGGGCAUCAUGGUGAGGUACAGGCAGACUUGGCAGACGGGCCGGCGGCGCGGUGCCAAGCUGGAGGGCGAGGGGCAGCACGUGCUGGUGCCCCUGAGCCCCCCCAGCCCCCCGCUCAGUGACACCCCCCUGCUCUCGUCCCCGGCCCCCGGGGCUCUCCACGUCACCAACUUGGACUAUUUCUUCUCAGGGCAGUAGCCAAGGGCUGGACACACUUGCUGGCGCCUGCGGGUCAGGCGGGGGGGUCCCUGACCCUGGCGGGGUGGGGGGGGUCCCGGGGCUGGGAUGGAGCCCUGAGAGCAGCCUCCCCACCCCCCUAUCCGGGGGGUGCCAAAACUCACCCCUAUGGAGAACUGGCUGGGGGAGGGGGGGCCCUCCAAGAUGGGUCCCGGGCGGGGGGGCCAGCUCCGGGGCCGCGGCCAAGCCGGGGUGGCCGGGGGUGAAGGCGCUGGGAGCUCCUCGGCCGGGCCGGAGCGUGGGAGCGGGGCCGGGCUCUGCCCGCGGGGCCAGGUUUUGGGGGUCCCUCGGGGAAGGGCGUAGCUCCCGCAGUGCCGCGGGUGUCGGGGCCGGGGGGGGGGGGGGG